GGGGCCUUCUGGCACAUCACGGACCUGCACUGGGACCCGAGCUACGACCUGAGCGAGGAGCCCAAAAAGGUGUGCGACUCGAGCGGAGGCAGAGCGGCGGCGCGGGCGGGCCUUUUCGGCGACCACGCCUGCGACUCCCCCUGGAAGCUCAUCAACUCCUCCAUUCACGCCAUGAAGGAGAUUCUCCCAGACCCGGAUUUCAUCGUUUGGACGGGCGAUGACACGCCGCACGUUCCCGACCGGAAUCUGGGCGAGGAAAGCGUUCUGCGCAUCAUCGCCAACCUGAGCGACAUCAUCAGCGAGGUUUUCCCAGCCACCAAGGUGUACGCCGCCCUGGGCAACCACGACUACCACCCCAAGAGCCAGCUUCCCGGCGGGCCCAGCCACAUGUACCGGCAAACGGCCCGAUUGUGGACGCGCUGGUUGGCGCCGGAGUCGCGCCAAACAUUCGCUCAAGGCGGCUACUACACCGAAGCGCUUUUGAAUCAACGAGGCUACCGGAUGUUGGUGCUCAACACAAAUCUCUACUACGACCGCAACGUGCUGACCCAGAACGACGAGGAUCCCGCCGGCCAGUUCAGCUGGGCGGAUGGCGUCCUCGCAAAGGCGGCGAGCGACCGAGAGAAGGUGUACAUCAUCGGCCACGUGCCCCCGGGGAUGUUUGAGAAGAAGAGGGGCAAGCCUUGGUUCAGGCCGCAUUUCAACCGCCGCUACCUGGAGCUGAUUCGGAAGCACCACGCCGUCAUCAAGGGACAGUUCUUUGGCCACCACCACACCGACGCCUUCCGCAUGUUCUACGACAGCGACGACCUUCCCAUCGGCACCAUGUUCCUCAGUCCCGGGGUGACACCGUGGGAGACCACGCUCCCCGGAGUCAAGAACGGCGCCAACAACCCUGCCAUUCGCAUCUUUGAAUACGACAAAGCGACGCUCCUGGUUCUGGACGCGGUGACGUACUACCUGAACCUGACGCGCGCCAACGUGGGCCGGGACCGCUGGGAGAAGGAGUACCGGCUGACGGAGAGCUUCGGGGUGGCCGACGCCUCCCCGGCCUCGAUGGAGCGCGUCCUGCGGGGCAUGGAGGCGGACGGCUGUCGCCUGCAGCGCUACUACCGCUUCAACUCGGUCAACUUUGACCUGAGCGAGUGCGACCGAGAAUGCCGCGCCGACCACGUGUGCGCCGCGCGCGAGGUGGACUACCGCAGGUACGAGCGCUGCCUGGCCACCGAGGCGGCGGCGGCGGGGCCCGGGAGGAACCCCGCUCGCCGUUCUGGGCCUGGCCGCCGGCUUUGCGCUUCUCCUCGCUCGCCACUAGUCGCCGCUUCCGCGGGUGACGCUCUGGACCCACGCCCAAAGAGCAAGAAGGAUUUUCAAGAACAGUCCAGACAAGUCCCUUUUCAACCAUCUCACUUCUUGCUUUUAACUUGCCCUCUUGAAAAUGGUCACGUUCUACUACGACCCCAAAUGCGCCAUUUGACUUUCUCCAUCCCAGCGAAUGCACAUUGCAGCCAGCCUUGUCAUGACACAAUUUGGCAUUUUAAUGUCAUCCAACUAACUGAUGAUUCCACCGGCAACACAAUACAAACGCCAAGCUUUGGCUUCAAAUCACCCGUGCGGCUUUCAUACGCCGGCGCGCCAGACCGCGAGAUAUCGGACUCCCUUGUAAAGGGACACAAAAUGUUCCUCCGUGGGGGGAAAGCUGAUUUAGGGAGAGGACGCCGAAGCGUUGGCAUUUGGUGA